UAAACAUUAUGUGUCAGGUAAACAAAUAAUCUGUACAGCACAGUUCUUCGUAGCCUUAUUUUCUCUAAAAAAAGGUUCACUGCUGCCAUCUCAUGCCAUGGUAAUAAUGUUAUUUAGGAAGAAUCGAGAUUUGCCGCUUAGCUUGUGUGACGUCAGAGCUCGACUCACUCCGCAACAGAAUGGUCCCUAAUACCCGCCCACUUGCACACACAGAGACCCCUCAAAAUACAAAGCAGUCUCUUUUCUCCAUCCAAACCUACUGCUGUCUUAAAAAACCUCAAGCGAAGCAAACGAGGAGUCUAAUGCACUUGACGGCGAUCCCGCAGUGGUUUUGUGGUCGGACGCUUUGCGCAUUGAUGGGUCAGUUACAUUACACAGACGUCGUCGGGCGGAUUUAAAGACAUCGACCGAGGUGUCCGAGAUGCUCUGUGGCUAUUGCAAAGCGCCGAUCUCUUGUGAUACCGGCCGGGUUUUAUCAUGGUUUUCAGACGGUCAGCUCGGAGAAUGCGGUGGUUGGGGUGCUAUGGGCUGGGGCCCAUGUGGAAAGCACUUUUGGUAUUCCUGGUCAUUGCAUUCGCAGGACAGCUUCUGGGAGUCAUCUUCAAUAAAAGCUGGGUGCAGCCAGAGAGGUCUCGAUCCCUCUUUGCUCUUCCCUCUGAGAAUUUCCAAGGGUCCUCUCUGGGAUCUUGUCAGCCUCACACACACAUCAUGUUCCUGAAGACUCACAAAACAGCCAGCAGCACCGUUCUCAAUUUGCUCUAUCGCUUCGGAGAGGAGAGGGGUCUUAAAUUGGCCCUUCCUGUGGGGUACCAAUUUGGCUACCCGCUUUCCUUUAUUGCCCAGAGGGUGAAAGGAUACAGAGGUCCUCAUGUGGAAAAUUUUGACAUCAUAGGAAAUCAUAUGCGCUUCAACAGGCCAGAGGUUGAGAAGGUCAUGCCAGCUGACACCUUCUAUUUCUCUAUCCUUCGAGAUCCCGUGGCUUUAGCCGAAUCCUCAUAUGCCUACUACAAAAAUGUUGCCCCUGCAUUCAGGCGUGCCAAAGGGUUGGGUGAUUUUGCAGACAACCCUCAUAAGUACUACGAUCCCAAACUCAGAAACAACCAUUACGCCCGCAACUUGCUGUGGUUUGACUUUGGUCAGGAUCAUAACGCCAACUUCAGCCUACCGCUGGCCAGGCGUGGUGUGGCGGCAGUGCGACGAAAUUUCAGGCUCGUCCUUUUGUCUGAGUAUUUUGACCAUUCUAUGGUUCUGCUCCGCCAUGCUCUCUGCUGGCCUUUAGAUGCUGUGGUUUCUUUUAGCCUAAAUGCCAGACAGCAAGUGGCAAGUGGGAGGUCUGGAUGGAUGAGUAAGUCCGCACUUCCGGCCCCCUUGGGUUUGACAAAUGAGCAAAAACUGAAAUUACGGGAAUGGAACUCCCUAGACUGGCACCUUUACCAAGCUUUCAACCUCACAUUCUGGCAGGAAAUAGAGCGCUUCGGGCAAAGUCGAAUGGAGGCUGAGGUAGCAUUGCUUAGGACCAGACGGGAGGUUCUUGCUCGUGCUUGUUUACGUGAUGGUGGCAGGCCUGUAGAGGCCAGUCGCAUCCGGGACAAGGCCAUCCGCCCUUUCCAGAGUGGAUUAGUGAAGAUCCUAGGUUACGAGCUGCAGUCUGGACUAGACAACGCCACGUGGGAAGCUUGCCUACGUAUGAUCAGGCCGGAGAUUCAGUACAAAGACUUACUAGAUCUUCGGCAGUUCCCGCGAGCCCAGCAACCUCCAUGGCCGGACACUCUUGCUGGAGGACCUCCAGUAAUGAGGGAUUCCCCGGUACUCAGGACUGAAGAGCAAGGGGGAAAGAGGUUGGUAGAGAAAGACUGGGAUGGGACGGUACUGCUUCGGAAUCAAUCUAUCAAAAAUGCUGGUUCAAAAGUAAGGCUUAAAUGGUGAGCUAGUAGCACCUUUUUGCCUCGCUGUCAACUUUCUGACCCUUAUUUGGCUCCACAGGGCCUCUGAGCUGCACUAAAAAAGGUAAACGGAUGUCCAAGACUUAAGCUUAAGGUGUGCUUCAUUUUUUCACCUGUUACGUCUCACAUAUGGUCGUGCAUUCUAGCCUUCCGAAAUAGACUCUACUCUCCGUGAGCCCGUAUGGAUGCAUUUGACUAUGCAUUUGAUACGGACUAUGACUGCUUUGUUUUCCUCCACCUGACCUCCAGAAGAUGCACACAGGUUCUCACGUCCUGCUGCUGCUGAAAUUUGCACGAGACGUACUGGCAAAGGGAAAACUGAAGCAUGCUUUGGGCUUUACAGAACACCACUUUGCCAUUGACUCUUCCUUACCUUGCCCUUCAACAUUCUGUUUUAUACAAUGCAAGGUUUUACAGUGAAGAAGAGGUACAAUGAAGUUGCUGGAGUAAUAAAAGGAUAUGCCAGACAGUGGCUAAAUGCUAAUAUUGUGUGUAGGUAAAAUAAGCAAAUGUGACAUGCUGCUUCCUUGUCCACUAUGAACCACUCUGUAUGCACAUAGAAGUGAAUGUACAUGGUUCUGUGACCCUACAGAAUCUCUUUUUCACACACACACAUAGUAUUCUCUGUGUUUCUUUAAAAUAAAAUCUAUUAUCUUUAAUAAACAUACACCAAGGUGCAUCAACAAUUUAAUCUUGGAAAUGUAUUUUAUUUAAUAAGACACAGUGCAUAUCCAUUUACGGCAUGAAAAAGUAAAACAAAAGUAGAAUCACAGUCUGGCACUCUGAAAGAUGCAGAUACAGAUCAAGAGUGGCCAAAAUUAGAUUUUAUACCCAUUUCUAUGGGUAACUGUUCAACAGGAAUCCUAAUAGAGUUUGUAUUAAAGGAGACGACACUACAAACUUUGCUUUUUAUGCCACACAUUCAGUUUUAUGAAAAGAAGCUGAGAGUCAUGAAAGCAGGCAUUCCCUGUAACAAGAUCUGUCCUGACUCUUCACAUGAGUCUGCUAGAAUUACAUCUCCAGUUUCUAACACUGUGAAAUAAUAUAUCAUACAUGAAAGACAAAAUGGGCUGUAGAUCUCCCAAUGUCAAUGACUGGGCAAAUGCACUUCUUGUUACAGUAUAUUUACCUCUUGGUGUUUGCUUGAGGUCGAGUUUUGAUGUUUUGAAUAAAACAAAAUGUUAAUUGAUGGUGAAUGUUUAUUGGUAUGGUGAAUGCUGUCAGUGGACGCUCAAAGACAUGGCAUUUUCUGUCUAAAAAAGUUCCAAAACUCCAAAAUGGUUAUUUUGCCUUACAAUGAGUACUUUUGUGAAGCAGUGCUUUGAUAUCAAAGCUUGCUGUAUUUAUUAUGCUUUUGUAUACAGUUAUCUGUGUAUCUAGUCUAGUGCUUUUAUACUCUUAAACUAAACUGUGUUUUUCAUAUUGUGAGUGCUGAGGAAAAGUAGUAUAGACAUUUGACUGAAAUGCACUGUGCAAAUUGGCCCAAGUCUAAACAGCCAGCUUUUUGUAAUGCAAGUUUCAAUGCACAGUGCAAGAUGGCAUCUUACGUUACAAAUACAUUCAUUUUUUCUGUGCUAAUAUAAACGGCACUGAGGUAAGGAAGACACUCUAGAUAUGCUCAUUUUGGUGCACCUCUGGUGUCCUUUUAUGUGUAGUUACGAUGUAUAUGCAUGUUGAUAAAUAGCUAUCAUUAGCUUGUGUAAUUGACACACAACUCCACAUUUUGACAUGCAUUGUGAUACAACACGUCAUUUUAGUUUUGAUUGUAGUGUUGACCAUACACACCAAACAUUCUUAAGAAUUUGCGGAAUAAUAUAAACCAGCAGGAAAACAUCGGUAAACAGUCACUCAUUGGUGUAGUGGUCUCUUCAACUUUCUGAGGUUGCUUUAACAGCAUCAAUAGUGUAAGUUUAUAAUCAGAUUCUAGUCAUUUAAAUAUUUAUACCUAACUUUAAUUCAUUUGUUGAAAUGUAAAACGAAAUGAAAAAGAUGUUUACGUUUCAGUGUAGAACAGCUAAGCACUGCUGCGUCUCUCAGUGUUUCCUCGCAGCAAGGCCAUCAGCUUACAUUUAAAUGACACUUUCUAUAUUCAUAUUUGAAUUCAAUCAAUAAAUUAAAUUGUAUUAUUUCUGUCUCCCCAUACAUGAGACAGAAGCAAAGAUGCUAGCGUUAAAGCUAAGCCUAUUGUUUAGAUGUUUCUUUUGAGUAAAUUCAGUUACAGAAAAUGUUACUUAUUUUACACAGCUCACUGUAUCUUUUGUGAAGUUGAAGAGAAGACUUGUUAGCUCAUUUACAGUUUCUGUUAUUAAAUUGACAAGAUUAACGCUACGGAUAAACUUUGAAUGAUAUUGAUUGCAAGCAUUAAAUUCUUUUUCAUCUUGGCGUAUAUAACAGCUUUUACUUUCAUUCACCAAGGAUUGUGCUGUAUUACUUGCAUGUCAUAAAAAUCAGUAAAUAUUGGCCCGGUUUCAUAUACAAGGCUUAGCCUAAACCAGGACUAUGCUUUAGUUAAUUUAGGCUAUUUAAAUCGCUUUUAUUUAAAUGCCUUAUAAGAAACCAUUACUGAUGUGCAUCUUGAGACAAAACAAUGGCACUGACAUAUUUUAAGAUAUGUGUGGGCAAGUUAUUUUCAGUUAAGAUAGCUCAAAAUUAAUUUUAGUCUGGGACUAGUCUUAAGCCUUGUCUGUGAAACCGGGGUUUAGUGUCUUCAUGACUCUUUAGUUGGAUUACCUGUGGUACAGCAAGAAAGAUUGCAGUACAACCACCAAACCAAAGAGGUACUGAUGUGUCUGUGCUUGGAAUGUUAUAACAAAAAAGUAAUGUGUUUUUUUUCAGUAUUGAAAUGUUUGAUAAUAAAUUAAUUCAGAAGGUCAUAAAAGCAAGUCUGGAUGUGUGCCUAUUUGAUACAACUGAUGAAACUAUCACAGUAUUAAUCCAUCAUUUUUAUUAUUUUGGCAUGACAAAAAUAUGAAUCUAUUUUGUGCCAUGAUGUUUAUCAAAAGCAAUUCAAACAAGAUUGUUCCUGUCAUCGUUCUCUUUGACUGAGAUCUUUCAAACCUUUGUAAUCUAAAUUGUCAUUUUAUUUCGUUUUUGCUUUGUUACUUGAAUACAUGGAGAAACCUGUGUACAUAUUUGGGAGUGAUGAACCUGAUUUGGUUGUAUGUAUUAAAAUAAACAUUUUCAGUGAUUGCAGAGACUGUCAUGUGAUGAAUAUGUUUCAAAGUUAGCUACCAUUGGUAUCCUAUAAUGCUCCUCAAGAUUUCUGUACAAACCGAGAUAUGGUAACAUCUGAAGAAUGCAUGCUUGAUGUGAGCACCACAAAAAAAGGGUCUGAAACCGCCCUGAUAAGUGCUUACCAAUGUGACUUUAGCCACACAGAUCGAUAAGCAUACUCUGUCCACGAGCACUUCCAACAAUGCAUAAGUAACUUUAAGAUAAACUUUACACUGCAGUUAAAUGUGUACUUUGAUAGUCUCUACA